AUGAAGGUUGGCAUCGCAGGGCUUCAUUCAGUUGACCUUUUCUUUCAUCUUCUGUCCCAGGACGACGAGGUGGUGCUGCAGUGCUCUGCCACUCUCCAUAAAGAGCAGCAGAAGCUUUGUCUGGCUGCUGAAGGCUUUGGAAACAGGCUGUGCUUCCUAGAGUCCACGUCCAACUCCAAGAAUGUGCCUCCAGACCUGUCCAUCUGCGCCUUUGUUCUGGAGCAGUCUCUGUCGGUCCGGGCGCUGCAGGAGAUGCUGGCCAACACCGAGGAGAAGGCUGAAGGGCAUGUAGAUGUGGAAAAAUGGAAAUUCAUGAUGAAGACAGCCCAGGGAAGCGGACAUCGCACUUUACUUUACGGACAUGCUGUUCUCUUACGACACUCCUACAGUGGGAUGUACUUGUGCUGUCUGUCCACCUCCCGCUCGUCAACAGAUAAACUGGCCUUUGAUGUGGGACUGCAAGAAGACACUACAGGCGAGGCUUGCUGGUGGACCAUCCACCCAGCCUCCAAACAGCGGUCGGAGGGAGAGAAGGUCAGAGUUGGUGAUGACCUCAUCCUAGUCAGCGUCUCCUCAGAACGAUACCUGCACUUGUCCCAUGGUUAUGAACACCUCCACGUGGACGCAGCCUUCCAGCAGACCCUCUGGAGUGUGGUCCCCAUCUGCUCAGGCAGUGAGGUGGCCCAAGGCUACCUGAUCGGGGGAGACGUGCUGCGGCUGCUCCAUGGACACAUGGACGAGUGCUUGACCGUGGCCUCCGGGGACCACGGGGAGGAGCAGAGGAGAACGGUGAACUACGAGGGCGGAGCGGUGUCCAUCCACGCCCGGUCCCUGUGGAGGCUGGAAAUGCUACGGGUGGUGUGGAGCGGCAGCCACACCCGUUGGGGCCAGCCGUUCAGACUACGACACGUGACCACAGGGAAGUACCUGAGUCUGCUGGACGACCGCUCCCUCCUCCUGACGGACAAAGACAAGGCGGACGUCAAGUCUACCGCCUUCUGCUUCAAGUCAUCCAAGGAAAAGUUGGAUUCCGGGAUGAAAAAGGAAAUAGAUGGAAUGGGAGUGGCUGAUAUAAAGUACGGCGACUCUGUGUGUUACGUCCAGCACAUGGACACCAGUUUGUGGCUCACCUACCAGGCCAUGGAUACCAAGUGUGCCCGCAUGGGCGGAGUGCAACGGAAGGCCAUCAUGCACCACGAGGGCCACAUGGACGAUGGCCUCACUCUGUCUCGGUCACAGCAUGAGGAGAGUCGUACGGCGCGAGUCAUUCGGAGUACCGUAUUCUUGUUCAACCGCUUCAUCAGGGGCCUGGACGUGCUCUCUAAAAAAGGGAACACCUCUGCUCUCGAUCUGCCAAUCGAAUCGGUCAGCCUCAGUUUGCGGGAUCUGAUAGGCUACUUCCAGCCCCCGGACGAGCACUUGGAGCACGAGGAGAAGCAGAACCGGCUACGACAUCUGAAGAACCGGCAGAAUCUGUUCCAGGAGGAGGGGAUGACCAGCCUGCUCCUGGAGUGCAUCGACCGGCUCCACGUCUACAGCAGCGCCGCCCAUUUUGCCGAGGUUGCAGGGAAAGAGGCGGGGGAGGCGUGGAGGUCCAUCCUUAACUCGUUAUACGAGCUCCUUGCUGCACUCAUAAGGGGCAACCGGAAGAAUUGUGCUCAGUUCUCUGGCUCUCUGGAUUGGCUGAUAAGCAGACUGGAAAGACUGGAAGCUUCAUCUGGUAUACUGGAGGUUCUACACUGUGUACUGGUGGAAAGUCCUGAGGCCCUCAAUCUCAUCAAAGAGGGACACAUCAAGUCCAUUAUUUCUCUGCUGGACAAACAUGGACGCAACCAUAAGGUUCUAGACGUGCUGUGCUCCCUGUGUGUGUGUCAUGGCGUGGCGGUGCGCUCUAACCAGAACCUGAUCUGUGACAACCUUCUGCCGGGCAGAGACCUGCUGCUACAGACCAGGCUGGUCAACCACGUCAGCAGCAUGCGGCCCAACAUCUUCCUGGGCGUGAGCGAGGGCUCGGCGCAGUACAGGAAGUGGUACUACGAGCUGAUCGUGGACCAGGUGCAGCCCUUCGUCACGGCGGAGGCCACCCACGUCCGCGUUGGCUGGGCCAGCACCGACGGCUACGCCCCCUACCCAGGGGGGGGCGAGGGCUGGGGCUGCAACGGGGCGGGGGACGACCUCUACUCCUACAGCUUCGACGGACUCCACCUGUGGUCAGGGUGUAUCGCACGGACAGUGAGUUCUCCCAACCAACACAUGCUGACGGUGGAGGAUGUGGUCAGCUGUUGUCUGGAUCUCAACUCGCCCAGCAUUUCCUUCAGGAUCAACGGUCAGCCGGUGCAGGGCAUGUUCGAGAACUUCAACUGUGACGGACUGUUUUUCCCUGUCGUCAGCUUCUCUGCUGGGAUUAAGGUGCGUUUCCUGUUUGGAGGACGUCACGGAGAGUUUAAGUUCCUUCCGCCGCCGGGCUACGCCCCGUGCUACGAGGCCGUGCUGCCCAGGGAGAAGCUCAGGGUGGAACACAGCCAGGAGUACAAGCAGGAUCUGGCCGGGACCCGAGACCUCCUGGGACCCACUCUCACACUCUCUCAGGCUGCCUUCACUCCCACACCUGUGGACACCAGCCAGAUUGUCCUACCACCCCAUCUGGAGAGGAUCAGGGAGAAGCUGGCAGAGAACAUCCAUGAACUUUGGGUCAUGAACAAGAUCCAACUGGGCUGGACCUACGGAGUGGUGCGGGAUGAUAACAAGCGGCAGCACCCGUGCCUAGUGGAGUUCUCCAAGCUGCCCGAGCAGGAGCGCAGCUACAACCUGCAGAUGUCUCUGGAGACCCUAAAAACCCUCCUGGCCCUAGGCUGUCACGUUGGCCUGGCCGAUGAACACGCCAUAGAGAAGGUCCACAGCCUGAAGCUUUCCCCUAGCUAUGAGUUGACCAGCAGCUAUAAGCCGGCUCCCCUGGACUUGAGCCACGUCAAACUGGCAUCUGCCCAGGAGGCCAUGGUGGACAAACUGGCAGAGAACGCACACAACGUCUGGGCCCGAGAUCGCAUAGGCCAAGGCUGGACUUAUGGCAUUCAACAGGACGUGAAGAACCGCCGUAACCCUCGCCUGGUGCCCUACGCCCUGCUGGACGAGAGGACCAAGAAGUCCAACAAGGACAGCCUGAGAGAGGCGGUUCGCACCCUGCUGGGAUACGGGUACAACCUGGAGGCCCCGGAUCAGGACCACGCCCGGGCGGACCUCGACAACGUUUCAGCCGAGCGCUUUCGUGUCUUCCGAGCAGAAAAGACUUACAGUGUCAGCGCCGGCAAAUGGUACUUUGAGCUUGAGAUCCACACUGCGGGUGAGAUCAGGGUGGGAUGGGCCCGGCCAGGCUGUCUGCCGGACCAGGAGCUCGGAUCAGAUGAACAGGCCUUUGCAUUUGAUGGCUUUAAGGCGCAGCGUUGGCACCAAGGGAACGAACACUUUGGCCGCUCCUGGCAGCCGGCCGACGUGGUGGGCUGCAUGGUGGACCUCGGGGAACGCACCAUGAUGUUCACCCUUAACGGAGAGGUUCUGCUGGAUGACUCUGGCUCAGAGCUGGCCUUCAAGGAUUUUGAAGUCUACGAAGGGUUCAUCCCGGUAUGCAGUCUGGGCGUUUGUCAGGUGGGCAGGAUGAAUUUUGGCAAGGACGUAAGCACCCUGAAGUACUUCACCAUCUGUGGCCUGCAGGAGGGCUACGAGCCCUUCGCCGUCAACAUGAACCGAGACAUCACCAUGUGGCUGGGCAAGAGGCUGGCCCAGUUCAUCCCUGUCCCGCACAACCACGAGCACGUCGAGGUGAGCAGGAUCGACGGGACGAUGGAGUCGUACCCAUGUCUGAAGGUCACCCAGAAGUCCUUUGGCUCUCAGAACAGUAGCACUGACAUCACCUUCUACCGCCUCAGCAUGCCCAUCGAGUGUGCUGAGACCUUCUCCGCCUCUCUGGGCGGCGGCGCGCCAGCCUACGUCUUCCCACCCAAGAAGGAGUGCGAGGACUUUGAGACGGUAGCUGACUUUGAGGUUCUGGUCAAGUCUUCUCACGGUCACAUGGGGGUCCCCAGUGAGAAGGACGAGUUCAACAACCACAAAGACCACAACCAGGAGAAACCCUCCAAGUUCAAACAGCGGUUGAUGCUGAAGAGGGCCAAGCCAGACAACAGCUCCAGCUCUGCUCGGCUCUCAGAGGAGGUGACCGUGGCCGGUGAUAUGGACGAUUGUGAGUUUCCGAUGCAAACCUCUACGUACUUCUUCUCGGUGCGCGUCUUCCCGGGGCAGGAGCCCGGGAGCGUGUGGGUGGGAUGGGUCACCUCUGACUUCCAUCAGUACGACCCUUCCUUUGAGCUGCACAAGGUGCGCACGGUCACCGUCACCCUUGGAGACGAGAAGGGCAAAGUUCACGAGAGCAUAAAGCGCAGCAACUGCUACAUGGUGUGGGCUGGAGAGUGCACCAGUCCAGGCCAGGGACGUAGCAACAACAACGGCUUGGAGAUAGGAUGUCUGGUGGACACCGCCAGCGGACUGCUCACCUUCACGGCCAACGGGAAAGAGCUCAGCACUUACUACCAGGUGGAGCCCAGCACCAAGCUGUUCCCUGCAGUCUUUGCUCAGGCCACUAGUCCCAACGUGUUCCAGUUUGAACUGGGUCAUAUAAAGAACGUGAUGCCGGUGUCAGCCGGUCUGUUCAAGAGUGAGAAGAUGAACCCGGCGCCGCAGUGCCCCCCGCGGCUCCACGUGCAGUUCCUCACCUCGGUGCUGUGGAGUCGGCUCCCCAACCACUUCCCUAAGGUGUCGGUGUCCAGGGUGAACGACAGACACGGAUGGCUGGUCCAGUGCAACGAGCCGCUGCAGUUCAUGGCGCUUCAUAUCCCUGAAGAGAACAGGUCCAUGGACAUCCAGGAGCUGUCAGAGCACGCCGAGCUGCUGAAGUUCCACUACCACACCCUGCGGCUGUACUCGGCCGUGUGCGCCCUGGGGAACAACCGGGUGGCCCACGCCCUCUGCUCCCACGUGGACGAGGCCCAGCUGCUCCAGGCCAUAGAGAACAAGUACAUGCCAGGGUUGUUGCGUACCGGCUACUAUGACCUCCUCAUGGACAUCCACCUGAGCAGCUACGCCACAGCCCGCCUGAUGAUGAACAACGAGUACAUCGUGCCCAUGACCGAGGAGACCAAGACCAUCACGCUGUUCCCCGACCACACCAAGAAGCACGCGCUGCCGGGCAUCGGCCUCAGCACCUCGCUGAGGCCCAGGAUGCACUUCUCCUCCCCGAGCUUCGUCCGCCGAGCGGCCUCGCGAGGGGGCAGCAACGCACCGGCCCUGUCGUGGGACUGCUUCCAGCACAGCCCCGAGUUCCCCUUGGAGACGCUGAAGACCAAGACCAUCGGCAUGCUGACCGAGGCGGUGAGGGAGGGCAGCAUGCACGUGAGGGACCCUGUGGGCGGGAGCAGCGAGUUCCUCUUCGUGCCCCUCAUCAAGCUCUUCUACACGCUGCUCAUCAUGGGGGUGUUCCACAACGGAGACCUGAAGAACGUCCUGCAGCUGAUCGAGCCCAACGUGUUCUCAGAGGGAGCCGGCGCCCCGGAGGAGAGGACUCCGCAGGCCUCGGCCCCGGAGGUGCCGUACGGGGCUGACGGAGCAGGAGGAGGAGGAGGAGGAGGAGGAGGAAGAGGACUGCUCCAGAUGAAGCUUCCAGAGCCAGUGAAACUCCAGAUGUGCCGCCUGCUGCAGUACCUGUGUGACUGCCAGGUUCGUCACCGCAUUGAGGCCGUGGUGGCCUUCUCCGACGACUUCGUAGCCUGCCUCCAGGCCAACCAGAAGUUCCGCUACAACGAGGUGAUGCAGGCGCUCAACAUGUCCGCCGCGCUCACUGCCAAGAAGACGAAGGAGUUCCGCUCCCCACCACAGGAACAGAUAAACAUGCUGCUGAACUUCAAGGAUGAGAAGCACGAGUGUCCCUGUCCAGAGGGCAUCAGGGAGCAGCUGAUGGCCUUCCAUGAAGACCUCAUGAUCCACUGCGGCAUAGAGAUUGACGAGGACAAAGGAAACGACUGCGACGGUGACUGCACCUUCCGCGGCCGUCUGAUGUCGCUGGUGGAGAAGGUGGCCAACCUCAAGAGGAAGUCCGAUGAGCUGCCCAAGAAAAAGAAGGACAAGAAGCCCAGCACCCUCCAGCAGCUGAUCUCUGACACAAUGGUCCGCUGGGCUCAGGAGUCGGUCAUCGAGGACCCUGAGCUCGUCAGAGCCAUGUUCGUCCUGCUUCACCGGCAGUAUGACGGCAUCGGAGGGCAGGUACGAGCGCUCCCCAAGACCUACACCAUCAACGCUGUGUCGGUGGAGGACACCAUCAAGCUGCUGGCGGCACUGGGCCAGAUACGCUCACUGCUCAGUGUCCGCAUGGGGAAGGAGGAGGAGAAGCUGAUGAUCAGAGGACUAGGGGACAUCAUGAACAACAAGGUCUUCUACCAGCACCCCAACCUGAUGCGGGCGCUGGGCAUGCACGAGACGGUCAUGGAGGUCAUGGUCAACGUGCUGAGUGGGGGAGAGUCCAAGGAAAUCACGUUUCCCAAGAUGGUGGCAAACUGCUGCCGCUUCCUGUGCUACUUCUGCCGGAUCAGCCGUCAGAACCAAAAGGCCAUGUUCGACCACCUCAGCUACCUCCUGGAGAACAGCAGCGUGGGCCUAGCGUCCCCAUCGAUGAGGGGCUCUACCCCUCUGGACGUGGCGGCGGCGUCGGUCAUGGACAACAACGAGCUGGCCCUGGCUCUGAGGGAGCCCGACCUGGAGAAGGUGGUUCAGUAUUUGGCAGGAUGUGGGCUCCAGAGCUGUGCCAUGCUGGUCUCCAAGGGAUACCCCGAUAUCGGCUGGAACCCUGUCGAAGGAGAACGCUACCUGGACUUCCUGCGCUUUGCUGUCUUCUGCAAUGGAGAGAGUGUGGAGGAGAACGCCAACGUGGUGGUGCGGCUGCUGAUUCGUCGGCCUGAGUGCUUUGGCCCCGCCCUUAGAGGCGAGGGUGGUAACGGGUUGCUGGCAGCCAUGGAGGAAGCCAUCCACAUCUCGGCCAACGCCUGCAGAGACCGCCCCUCCUCGCCCGCAUCCGAGAGCACCAAGUCCCUCAGUGAGGACGAGGAGGACGACACCAUCCACAUGGGCAACGCCGUCAUGACCUUCUACGCCGCGCUCAUCGACCUGCUGGGCCGCUGCGCGCCUGAGAUGCACUUGAUCCAUGCUGGCAAAGGAGAGGCGGUCCGCAUCAGAGCCAUCCUCAGGUCUCUGAUCCCCAUCCAGGACUUGGAGGGAGUCAUCAGCAUCCCCUUCUCCAUGCCCACUCUAGCCACUGACGGAUCCGUGGUGGAGCCAGACAUGUCGGCAGGGUUCUGCCCGGACCAUAAGGCGGCCAUGGUCCUGUUCCUGGACCGGGUCUACGGCAUCGAGGACCAGAACUUCCUCUUACACCUUCUGGAGGUUGGCUUUCUACCAGACCUCCGAGCCGCAGCCUCACUGGACACUGCGGUUCUCAGUGCCACGGACAUGGCUCUGGCCCUCAACAGGUACCUGUGCGCAGCUGUGCUGCCCCUGCUGACUAAGUGCGCACCGCUGUUUGCCGGCACGGAGCCGUACGCCUCGCUGAUCGACUCCCUGCUCCACACCGUGUACCGGCUGUCCAAGGGCUGCUGCCUCACCAAGGCCCAGAGAGACGCCAUCGAGGACUGCCUCUUGGCUGUGUGCGGGAAGCUGCGUCCCUCCAUGAUGCAGCACCUCCUAAGGAGGCUGGUGUUUGACGUCCCGCUCCUGAACGAGCACACCAAGAUGCCGCUCAAAUUGCUGACCAACCACUACGAGCGGUGUUGGAAGUACUACUGCCUUGCUGUUGGGUGGGGCGGCUUCGGGGUGGCCUCCGACGAGGAGCUGCACCUCUCCAGGAAACUCUUCUGGGGCAUCUUCGAUGCUCUGUCACGCAAGCGGUACGACCAGGAGCUGUUCAAGCUGGCCCUGCCCUGCCUGAGUGCGGUGGCCGGGGCUCUGCCCCCGGACUAUAUGGAGUCCAACUAUGUGGCCAUGAUUGAGAAGCAGUCCUCUAUGGACUCGGAGGGAAACUUUAACCCACAGCCUGCAGACACCAGCAACAUCAGUGUUCCUGAGAAGCUGGACUACUUCAUCAACAGAUAUGCGGAGCAUUUGCAUGAGAAGUGGUCUAUGGAUAAGUUCUCUGAGGGCUGGCUGUAUGGAGAGCAGCUGUGCGAAGCCACCAAGAGCCAACCUCUCCUCAAGCCCUACAAAGGUCUUUCUGAAAAGGACAAGGAGUCGUACCGCUGGCCGAUCAAGGAGUCCAUCGGGACUAUGGUGUCCUGGGGCUGGGUGGUGGAGCGCAUCAGAGAGGGAGACCCCAGCAGUCUGCAGAAGUCUCGUCGGAUUUCACAAGUCAGCCAGCUGUCUUUUGAAGGAGCUCCCGGUUUCAGUCCGAGGCCCAUCGACAUGAGCAACGUCACUCUGUCCAGAGACCUGCACUCAAUGGCUGAGCUUCUGGCAGAAAAUUUUCAUAAUACUUGGGCUAAAAAAAAGAAGAUGGAAAUGGAAGCCAAAGGUGGAGGCAGUCAUCCGUUGCUGGUCCCAUACGACACACUCACUGCCAAAGAGAAGUCCAGAGACCGUGAGAAAGCACAGGAGAUCUUUAAGUUCCUCCAGAUCAAUGGCUACACCGUAUCUAGGUGUGUGAGGGAGCAGGACCUGGACACGCCGGCCAUAGAGAAGCGUUUUGCCUACACCUUCCUGCAACAGCUCAUAGAAUACGUAGACAAGGCCCAUCAACACAUGAUGGACGCCGAUGCAGGAACCCGAGCCAAGGGAGAGGAAUGUCCCCAGGAGCAGCAAACCAAGUUCUUUGGAAAGGUUCUCUUGCCAUUGGUGGACCAGUACUUUAAGAACCAUAGGCUCUACUUCCUGUCUACAGCCAUUCGUCCAAUCAGCAGUGGCGGCCAUGCCUCAAACAAGGAGAAGGAGAUGGUGACCAGUCUUUUCUGCAAACUGGGAGUUCUUGUCAGACAUAGGAUAUCGCUUUUUGGAAACGACGCCACUUCCAUCGUUAACUGCCUUCACAUCCUGGGACAGACGCUGGAUGCAAGGACGGUCAUGAAGACGGGGCUGGAGUCGGUGAAGGCAGCACUGCGGGCGUUCUUCGAGAGCGCGGCGGAGGACCUGGAGAAGACCCAGGACAACCUGAAGCUGGGCCAGUUCACCCACGAGCGCACGCAGCCGCGCGACGUCACCCAGGUCAUCAACUACACCACCUUCGCCCUGCUGCCCGUGCUCUCCUCCCUGUUCGAGCACAUCGGACAGAACCUCUUCGGCCAGGACCUCAUCUUGGACAAUGUUCAGGUGUCUUGCUACAGGAUCCUCAACAGUCUCUACUCACUCGGGACCAGCAAGAGCAUCUAUGUAGAGAGGCAUCGUCCGGCCAUUGGAGAGUGUCUGGCGGCCUUCUCUGCAGCCUUCCCCGUGGCCUUCUUGGAGCCCUACCUGGAUAUGUUCAACGGCUUCUCCAUCUACAACAGCAAAGGAGCCAAGGAGAGAGGAGCUCUUGGGCUUCCAGCCCCGGUGCUUGAGGCCUGUCCUCUCAUCCCCUCCCUGGAGAAGACCCUUGAGGAGAUCAUGACGCUGGCGGAGUCGGGCAUCAGGUACACCCAGAUGCCCCACAUCAUGGAGGUGGUGCUGCCCAUGCUGUGCAGCUACAUGUCCCACUGGUGGGAAUACGGUCCAGAGAACAACCCGGAGAGCACCGACCGCUGCUGCACCUCUCUGAGGUGGGAGCACAUGAACGCCCUCCUGGGAAACAUCCUGAAGAUCAUCUACAACAACCUGGGCAUCGACGAGGGCACCUGGAUGAAGAGACUGGCAGUAUUUUCUCAGCCAAUCAUCAGUAAGGCCAAUGCUCAGCUUCUCAAGACCCACUUCCUGCCUCUGAUGGAAAAACUCAAAAAAAAAGCGGCUGUGGUCCUCAUGGACGAGGAGCAGACCAAAGCCGAGGGCAGAGGGGACAUGUCGGAGGCAGAGCUGCUGGUGUUGGAUGAGUUCACCAUCCUGGUCCGGGACCUGUAUGCCUUCUACCCCCUCCUCAUUCGCUUCGUCGAUUACAACAGGGCGAAGUGGCUGAAGGAACCGAACCCAGAGGCAGAGGAGCUGUUCCGCAUGGUCGCCGAAGUCUUCAUCUUCUGGGCCAAGUCGCAUAACUUCAAGAGGGAAGAGCAGAACUUUGUGGUCCAAAAUGAGAUCAACAACAUGUCCUUCCUCAUCACCGAUACCAAGUCUAAGAUGUCGAAGGGUGCCAUUUCGGACCAGGAGAGGAAGAAGCUGAAGAGGAAAGGGGACCGCUACACCAUGCAGACCAGCCUGAUCGUGGCCACGCUGAAGCGCAUGCUCCCAGUGGGGCUGAACAUCUGCGCGCCAGGAGACCAGGAGCUCAUAGCGUUGGCUAAGAACCGCUUCACUCAGAAAGACACGGAAGAUGAAGUUCGGGAGAUCAUCAAAAGCAAUCUACAUCUUCAAGGGAAGUUGGAAGACCCAGCGAUUCGAUGGCAGAUGGCCCUGUACCGAGACCUUCCCAACCGCAACGAGGAGACCUCUGAUCCGGAGAAGACUGUGGAGAGGGUGCUAGAUAUCGCUCAUGUCCUCUUCCACUUAGACCAGGUGGAGCACCCCCAGCGCAGUAAGAAGGCUGUGUGGCACAAGCUGCUGUCCAAGCAGAGGAAGAGGGCCGUUGUGGCGUGCUUCAGGAUGGCUCCCCUGUACAACCUGCCCAGACACAGAGCUGUCAACCUGUUUCUUCAAGGCUACGAGAAGUCCUGGAUCGAGGCAGAAGACCACUACUUUGAAGAUAAGCUCAUAGAGGACCUGGCUAAAUCUGGCGAGGAUGAGCCAGCCGAAGAGGAAGACAGUCUGAAGCACAUUGACCCGCUGCAUCAACUCAUUCAGCUGUUCAGCCGAACCGCUCUCACUGAGAAAUGCAAACUAGAUGAAGACAAUCUCUACAUGGCCUACGCCGACAUAAUGGCCAAGAGCUGUCACGAUGAGGUGGAGGAGGACGGAGACGAAGUGAAAAGCUUUGAGGAGAAGGAGAUGGAGAAACAGAAGCUGCUCUACCAGCAGGCUCGUCUCCACGACCGGGGAGCGGCUGAGAUGGUUCUGCAGACCAUCAGCGCCAGCAAAGGUGAGAUGGGCCCGAUGGUGGCGUCCACUCUGAAGCUGGGGAUAGCGGUCCUCAACGGGGGGAACUCCACCGUGCAGCAGAAAAUGCUUGACUAUCUGAGAGACAAAAAGGAUGUGGGAUUCUUCCAGGGUCUGGCCGGCCUCAUGCAGUCCUGCAGUGUUCUGGAUCUGAAUGCGUUCGAGAGGCAGAACAAGGCAGAGGGACUGGGCAUGGUGACAGAGGAAGGAUCAGGUGAAAAGGUGAUGCAGGACGACGAGUUCACCUGUGACCUGUUCCGCUUCCUGCAGCUCCUCUGUGAAGGACACAACUCUGAUUUCCAGAACUACCUUCGAACCCAGACAGGGAACAACACGACCGUUAACAUCAUUAUAUCUACUGUGGACUACCUCCUCAGAGUACAGGAGUCCAUCAGUGACUUCUACUGGUACUACUCCGGGAAGGAGGUGAUCGACGAGCAGGGACAGAGGAACUUCUCCAAGGCCAUCAACGUGGCCAAGCAGGUGUUCAACACGCUGACUGAGUACAUCCAGGGCCCGUGCACAGGGAACCAGCAAAGUCUGGCCCACAGCCGCCUGUGGGACGCGGUUGUGGGCUUCCUGCAUGUCUUCGCCCAUAUGCAGAUGAAACUGUCUCAGGACUCCAGUCAGAUAGAGUUACUGAAGGAGCUGAUGGACCUCCAGAAGGACAUGGUGGUCAUGCUGCUCUCUAUGCUUGAGGGUAACGUGGUGAACGGCACCAUUGGCAAGCAGAUGGUGGACAUGCUGGUGGAAUCUUCCAACAACGUGGAGAUGAUCCUUAAGUUCUUCGACAUGUUCCUCAAACUCAAAGACCUGACCUCCUCGGACGCCUUCAAGGAGUAUGAUCUGGAUGGCAAAGGUGUGAUCUCCAAGAGGGACUUCCAUAAAGCCAUGGAAAGCCACAAGCACUACACCCAGUCGGAAACGGAGUUCCUCCUCUCCUGUGCAGAGACGGACGAAAACGAACUGCUGGACUAUGAGGAGUUUGUGGAGCGCUUCCACGAGCCGGCCAAGGACAUUGGCUUCAACGUGGCAGUUCUGCUGACCAACCUGUCAGAGCACAUGCCCCACGACACACGGCUGCAGACCUUCCUGGCGCUGGCGGAGAGCGUGCUGGACUACUUCCAGCCCUACCUGGGGAGGAUCGAGAUCAUGGGGAGCGCCAAGCGCAUUGAACGGGUUUACUUCGAGAUCAGCGAGUCCAGCCGGACGCAGUGGGAGAAGCCCCAGGUGAAGGAGUCGAAGCGACAGUUCAUCUUUGACGUGGUGAACGAGGGCGGCGAGAAGGAGAAGAUGGAGCUGUUCGUCAACUUCUGCGAGGACACCAUCUUCGAGAUGCAGCUAGCCGCGCAGAUGUCGGAUGCGGGCGAGCGCUCGGCGGUGAAGGAGGAGAGCGAGCAGGAGCGGCCUGAGGAGGCGGGCCCCGAGACGGGCUUCUUCUCCGUGGCCACCCUGCGGACGGCGCUGCUCGCGCUGCGCUACAACGUGGUGAUCGUCAUGAAGGUGCUGUCGAUGAAGAGCGUGAAGAAGCAGGUCAAGAGGUUGAAGAAGAUGACUGUCAGGGACCUGGUGACCACGCUGGCCUCUUUCUACUGGUCCACGCUGCUCCGGGUCCUGUACGUGGUCUUCAGCGUGGCCAGGGGCUUCUGCAGGAUCACAUACAAGAGCCUGAUGGGAGGCAGCCUUCUGAACGGCGGCAGCGCCAUGAAGGUGUCGGAGCUGCUGGGCAGCCUGCCUGACCUCAGCCAGGAUGAGGGGGUGCGUGGGGAGGGGGCGGAGCCAGAGAAGAAGUCCUCAGACCGCGCCUUCCACCCCGAGGAUGAGCUGGCAGACCUGGCCAUCAACACCGGCGAAACCGAGGUUCUGUCGGACAUCUUCGGCCUGGACCUGAGAAGGGAGGGGGGCCAGUACAAGCUCACGCCCCACGACCCCAACGCAAGCCUGACCCACCUGCUGAUCUCCCCUCCCCCCGCCGCAAUCCCCUCCCCGGAGCUCAGACAGAGGCACCAGAUUAAGAGUUCAGGCUUGGAGGACAGCGAAGGAACAGCAGAGACCAGCCAUGAGUCCAAGAAAACAGGGCCUGAGAACGAAGACAAAGACAAAGCGAAAAAAGAGGCGAUGGCUAAACAGAAGAUCCGACAGAAUUACAUCUUCAAGUCUGAGGAACCAGACCUGCAGGAGUCCGUCUUCUGGAAGAAGAUCAUCGCCUACCAGAGGAAACUGUUGAACUACUUUGCCAGGAAUUUCUACAACAUGCGGAUGCUGGCUCUGUUUGUGGCCUUUGCCAUCAAUUUCAUCCUCCUCUUCUACAAGGUGUCCACGUCCUCGGCCGUGGUGGAGCAGAAGGAGCUGCUGUAUCCCAGCAGCCAGUCCAGGGUGGAGUGGGCCACACUGGAGGAGAUGGAGGGCCGGGCGGCCGAGGAAGGCCGGGAGGCCCCCAGGCCGGUCACGGUGCACUUCGUCCUGGAGGAGAGCAGCGGUUACAUGGAGCCCACCCUACGUAUCCUGGCCAUCAUGCACACGGUCAUCUCCUUCUUCUGCAUCAUCGGCUACUACUGUCUGAAGGUGCCGUUGGUGAUCUUCAAGCGUGAGAAGGAGGUGGCCCGCAAGCUGGAGUUUGAUGGCCUGUAUAUCACGGAACAGCCGUCUGAGGACGACAUCAAGGGCCAGUGGGACCGACUGGUCAUCAACACACAAUCUUUCCCAAACAAUUACUGGGACAAAUUUGUGAAGAGAAAGGUGAUGGAUAAGUACGGAGAGUUCUACGGCCACGACAGGAUCAGCGAGCUGCUGGGGAUGGACCGGGCCGCGCUGGACUUCAGCGACUCACACGAGAAGAGGAAACCCAAGAAAGACAACUCAUUAGCUGCUGUGCUGAACUCCAUUGAUGUUAAAUACCAGAUCUGGAAACUUGGGGUGGUGUUCACUGAUAAUUCCUUCCUGUACCUUGCCUGGUACAUGACCAUGUCUAUUCUGGGACACUACAACAACUUCUUCUUCGCUGCCCACCUGCUGGACAUCGCCAUGGGCUUCAAGACGCUGCGCACCAUCCUGUCCUCGGUCACGCACAACGGCAAACAGCUGGUUCUGACGGUGGGCCUGCUGGCGGUGGUGGUGUAUCUCUACACCGUGGUGGCCUUCAACUUCUUCAGAAAGUUCUACAACAAGGGUGAAGACGGAGAGUCGCCCGACAUGAAGUGUGACGACAUGUUGACUUGCUACAUGUUCCACAUGUACGUGGGCGUGCGGGCGGGCGGGGGAAUUGGCGACCAGAUUGAAGACCCUGCCGGAGACGAAUACGAAAUCUACCGCAUCAUCUUCGACAUCACCUUCUUUUUCUUCGUCAUCGUCAUCCUCUUAGCCAUCAUUCAGGGUCUGAUUAUCGAUGCUUUCGGGGAGCUGAGAGACCAGCAGGAGCAGGUGAAAGAGGACAUGGAGACAAAGUGCUUCAUCUGUGGAAUAGGGAACGACUACUUUGACACGGUCCCGCAUGGCUUUGAGACGCACACACUGCAGGAGCACAACCUUGCCAACUACCUGUUUUUCGUGAUGUAUCUAAUCAACAAGGAUGAAACAGAGCACACAGGCCAGGAGUCCUAUGUGUGGAAGAUGUACCAGGAGCGUUGCUGGGAGUUCUUUCCUGCCGGCGACUGUUUCCGGAAGCAGUAUGAGGAUCAACUCAACUGACGGCUCUGAAGCAGCAACAACAGACUCUCGUCUUCCUUCCUAGUGACCCUUGGGCUGGUGGUGAUACAGCAUCGCCCCCCCAACUCGCUCCGCCCCAGCGGCCCUCUGCAUAGCAUCUCCCCAGGCCCCCCGCCUCCUAAACCUCUGCCCCCACAUCGCACGCCACGUCCUUGUCUCUGGAUCCUGGCCACAGCAGAGAGGACGGCCCCCUCGUACCGGGAUCCAGCUAGGAGCCGAUGCUGUCAUACAGGCACCCAGUCAUGCUACCGCCCCCCUUCUGCUCAGCUUCUGGGGUCAGAGUUCGCUGAACCCUGACCCUUAUUACAUUCAUGGUUCAUCACCACGUGUAACUACCACCAACACAUCUUUUUUUAUAUAUAUAUAGUUUGGUCCUAAAAACAAUCCUGUUCAGCUAACUCCUUAGUUUGCUUCUCCGUCAUCCUUACAUCAUCAAUGAUUUACUUUGACACGAUAUGUGAAACGUGUUCGUCUUGAUAUGACGCCUUUAAUUUGACUCUGACAAGCAGGACACAGAGUGAAGGCGACAGGGGCACAGAGACGGGGUGAUAGGGGCCAGGAGGGGACUUUAGUGAAUAAAGAGAGCAGAGAACCUGGUUCCAAUGUUUGUAAUGCUGACAAUGGAUGUCAACAUAAUGAUUGUAGACAGAAAUGCGAGCGAGAUGCCGUUGACUUUGGAGAAGCGGUUGAAUGUGUACACGGUGCAUGUUGCAUGUGCGUACGACUAGCCCUUCAUGCCUCGAGGAGCCCCUAGGCUAAACGGACAGGAAGUGGUCAACGUGAGAGAGACUAGUGCCUUACUGAAGCCAGGGAAGAGCUAUGCAAGAUGGAGAAUUAAGGGAACAGUUUUAUAGGUGUGUGUGAGAACAACAGAGUACGGUCAAGCUGCGCUUGAAAUGCAGUCAGUCAAAAACCACAUUGUAAAUGGCAAGGUCAAAUGUAACAGCGCUGAACAAUCCAAUUAAAGCUGCUGUAGGUAGGAAUAGAGAGGAUUAAGAAGGGAUCAUCUGUGACGGACAGGCAAGAUGGAUGCCCGUCCAAGUUUCAUCCAAGGCAGGCAGUCAACUCAAAAGCAGAUAUUCUGACCGAGCGUUUCACUCACAGUAUUACCCACAGCACCUUUUAAGACCAGAAUAGGGACCCAUUUCCAUGACAUGAUGAAUGAGAUGAGGGUAGCACAGUGUGGUGACUAGCAGCCCAAAGGCACUACGUUCCAUCCUCAGCAGGCUAGCGCUAUGCUUCCACUCACCUGUCCUUAAAGACACAUCUUAAUUCACUUAGUCACUUUGGACCGAAGCAUCUGCUAAAUGACUAAAUAGUAAUUUGAAUACUAAUAUAUUUAAUCUACAGCUUAAUAUUAUUCUCUUGGCGGUUCAUUAUUUGUUCAAUUGAAUCCCACCAUUCAUCAAAGUACUCCUACCUGUUAGUUAGUUGUUCUUUAUGUCUCUGGUUUGAAAUCCCUCUAAACCUCCAGCUUCUCACCCCCGCUGAGAUGUGAUUACAUCCCUACAGAACCCGGAGACAAUGCAAUAGACUGUAGGUUUAACUCUUGACAUUUGCAAUUUAUUUGAGCAACUGUGGAAACAUUUAAACAAUUCUCAGAAUUCAAAGACAUGCUAUAUUAGAAUAGCCAAGUGUAGAAAAUAUUCACCCUUAAGCAUUUUCUAUUUGACAAACCUUCAGAGCGGUUCUACUUCACGGUUCUCUCGACAACAGGAACACUGCUGUUGACAUCAUGUGGCUUUCUCUAACCGGGUCCGAUUUAAUUUGUUUUCUAUAGUAGGCCUACACUUUUCUGUAGCAAAUUGCUAAACCUUUCAUAAAAAUAAAAUUGCCAUACGUCAUGAAAAGAUAAUACUAUUAAUUAAUAGUAAGUGAUGUUAUUCUUUAGAAUAGUAAGUGUCAAAAUACAAAAGUAUUGUAAGAUAGGUUGAGAACAUCAAUUUAUUUUAGUGGAUUCGGAUUUUGUAAUCAUAAAGACAUGUUAUCAGUUAGUACCCAACUCUCGAGACUGUGCGCAUGUAUAUAGGUGUAUGCGUGUGUAUGGAUGCGUGUGUAUGAGUGAGUUUGUAGGGGUGUGCAUUGGUGCAUGUGUUUGGUUGAGUGAGUGUGUAGGGGUG